AUGAACUCCAGGAGGAAAGACCUGAUCACCUUACAGGAUCCUGACACCAAGUACCCGCUGCCUUUGAUUGAGAAAGAGCAAAUCAGCCACAACACCCUGAGGUUCCGCUUUGGGCUCCCCUCACUGGACCACGUCUUAGGGCUUCCUGUAGGGAACUAUGUCCACCUUUUGGCCAGGAUUAAUGGUGACUUGGUGAUCAGGGCCUACACACCUGUCUCCAGUGAUGAUGACUGAGGCUUUGUGGAUUUAAUUAUAAAGAUCUACUUCAAAAAUGUACACCCUAAAUAUCCUGAAGGGGGGAAGAUGACUCAGUACUUGGAGAACAUGAAAAUUGGAGAUACCAUCCUUUUUCGAGGGCCGACCGGGCAGCUGUUCUACCAAGGUCCAGGCUCCCGGACAAGAGCCGCAGAAGUUAGAGACAUCCUCGUGCUUCUAGGGAGACUUGCAAUCAAACCAUACAAAACGAGCCAGCCUGAAAACAAACUAGUCCGUCACCUGGGAAUGAUCACCGGAGGCACAGGCAUUACGCCUAUGCUGCAGCUCAUCCGCCACAUCACCAAGAACCCCAGCGACAGGACCAGAACGUCCCUCCUGUUCGCCAACCAGACCGAGGAGGACAUCUUGAUGAGAAAGGAGCUUGAAGAAAUUGCCAGGACUCACCUAGACCAGUUCAGCAUAUGGUACACCCUGGACAGGCCUCCUUCAGGCUGGAACUACGGCUCGGGCUUUGUUACUGCCCACAUGAUCAAGGAGCACCUCCCUCCACCGGGGGAGGCCAUUCUCAUCCUGGUGUGUGGCCCCCCACCCCUGAUCCAGACUGCCGCUCACCCCAGCCUGGAGCAGCUGGCUUACACUAAGGACAUGAUAUUCACCUACUGACACCUCCCAUGUUCUUUGCCAGCUUCCCAGGCCCCCACCCUCUGUUUCAGAGUCAGUUUGGCUUCACUAGGUUAAACUGGGAUGUUUGCCAAAGUGUCUCCUUAAGCCCCCUUGGGCAUGCACCCUGGGGCACCUCUCUUUUGGGUGUGGGCCUAAGAAGAAGGGUUCCAGGGACCAGGGAGAAUGGCUUCUGAGGCCCCAUGGCUUGAAGGCCAGAAAGAGCUCCAUUAUCGUACCUGUCUCCAUGGUUCAGUGAAAUAAAUUUAAGUUCUCAGUAGACAGCCCAGGAAGCAUGGCUCUGUGGGGCCCUGCUGGAGAUCAGGAGGCCACAACUACUGUGCUUGAUAACUGGCUUCCGGUAAAGGUUGGGGGUGAGAACACUGGCGAUGGUGCCAGAGCAGAAUCCAAAUGGGGUUGCAUCAACUCCCACUAAUCUCUCAUGAACCCCUCUCCAGGGAGGCCUGUGUUUAAGGUCAAAGCUACAACAGUCCUCAGGCACCCAGCAUGUGUGCUCUUCCUUCCUUUGUGGAACCCUUUGAAACAGAAACAGGCAGGUGGCUCUAAGGACUCCUUCCAGACUCCCUAUGAGUCUGGAGAUGGAAGUGUGGCGUGCUCUUUUCUCCAGCAAUCUCCUGGCU